AUAUUGUCAGAUACUUGUACCUUCCAGAGGUCAGUCUUCAGCUUGUCAGAUACUUGUACCUUCCUGAGGUCAGUCUUCAUAUUGUCAGAUACUUGUACCUUCCAGAGGUCAGUCUUCAGCUUGUCAGAUACUUGUACCUUCCAGAGGUCAGUCUUCAUAUUGUCAGAUACUUGUACCUUCCUGAGGUCAGUCAUCAUAUUGUCAGAUACUUGUACCUUCCAGAGGUCAGUCAUCAUAUUGUCAGAUACUUGUACCUUCCUGAGGUCAGUCUUCAUAUUGUCAGAUACUUGUACCUUCCAGAGGUCAGUCUUCAUAUUGUCAGAUACUUGUACCUUCCUGAGGUCAGUCUUCAUAUUGUCAGAUACUUGUACCUUCCUGAGGUCAGUCUUCAUAUUGUCAGAUACUUGUACCUUCCUGAGGUCAGUCAUCAUAUUGUCAGAUACUUGUACCUUCCUGAGGUCAGUCUUCAUAUUGUCAGAUACUUGUACCUUCCUGAGGUCAGUCUUCAUAUUGUCAGAUACUUGUACCUUCCUGAGGUCAGUCUUCAUAUUGUCAGAUACUUGUACCUUCCUGAGGUCAGUCUUCAUAUUGUCAGAUACUUGUACCUUCCUGAGGUCAGUCUUCAUAUUGUCAGAUACUUGUACC